AUGUUCGUACAGGGUGUGAAGGCCGGUGAAAGGUCCGAUGGUUCUGAUGAAGCCAGUGAAGACGAUGAUGAGCUCAGUGAUGAUGCUGUUCAGAAACGCCGUGAAGAAUGCGAGAGAAAAGCGAGACGUGGGGAGAUGGAUCCCCGGUUGGAGUUUGCCUUUCAGCUCCUGAUGGAUGGAACAGGUCUUCCACGUCAUGAGGUAAUGGACCACGUGUUCGAGGGAGACAUGCUCGACGAGAUAAAUCAGCUUUUUCUUCCACACAUGAGAUCAACUCUCGUGUGGUAUUACCAGGUGACCGACGAACCUGAACAACAGCGCCCGAAUGACGUGACGAUGAAGGGAGGGGCAAGGGCGACCCCAGGGAACCCUGCGCCAAGCAAAUCCAAGGAAUCCAAGGAAACGAAGGAGCCCCUGAAGAAGAAGCUCUUCUUAACGGAUGGCUGGCAGUUACCAUGCACCGGUGUCUGCAUCUACAUGUUUCGAAUAAAUACAUCGAAACAGCUGCCGGAGGAGGGCUUCCAGAAGGACCUCUUCACGGGUGUAAUCAAUAUCGACAGGGUGGGAAUUAUCACGACGAUUCAACGGGUGGUGGAGCACGUGUUCAUGGACGCACUGGCGCAUCCUGGAAGCGAGGAAGAGGAGGACUGCCCAAUGAUAAAGAGUCUUCUGCUACCAGGAUUGAGGUCUUUCUGCAGUGCCCUUAAGGUAUGUGAACUUGUUCUCGAGGAGGGCAACAUCUUCGACGACGGUGAGUCCAUGAUGGAUGAGGUGCACAAUUUUGAAACGGCAAAGGCGCUGGUGUCCAACAGGGGAAUUGAGAGAAUCGAGGAACGCGUUAGAGUUUGGAUAAAAAAAUUGAAGGAUUUUAUUCUUGAGUCUAAACAGGUGAGGCGGGAGAAUGAUAACUCAGGCCCACAGCAGGAAUUGGAAUAUUGGAAACGCAGAGGAGCACAGUUUAGCCAAUUGGUGAAUAAACUUCAGGACACUGAAGUGAAAAUGUCUCUUCUGUGCCUCCAAGUUUCAAGGUCUAAGUUAAUCAAGGAGUGGGUGGAGGCUGAGGACGAGGUGACGUACUGCUACAAUGAAGCGAAGGACAAUGCCAAAUUCAUUCAGGCACUCGAGAAAUGCUGUCACUGUCUUUAUCUCGAUGAUCCAGUGAGAAUGAGGGACUCUUUGGUAUCACUUCUUCAGACUGUCAGACUCAUAUACAGUGUCUCGAGGUACUACAAUACCUCGGAGAGGACAUCCUCGUUGAUGGUGAAGAUAACCAAUCAGAUGAUCGUCGCAUGCAGGGAUUACGUGACAACCAGGGGAAGAGAGACAAUCUGGGAAUUGGAGAGGAUCACUGCUAGGUCAAGACUGAAACAUUGUCUGAGAUUGAAUAAAGCCUACAGAGAGACUUACAGACUUGUUCGCUGCUCUCCAGCGAUAACUGAACAAGAGUUCUCCUUCUCCGAGACGCAGGUAUUUGGGAGAUUCGAUUCGUUUUGCUCGAGGAUCCGGAAAAUUCUCACCAUGUUCGAUCUCAUCGAUGAUUAUCAGAAGCUGUUUGAGAGGAGGAUGGAGGGUCUACUCCUGGGGGAGGCUUUGGAUGAGGCAACACAUGCCUUUGAGGAUUCCAAAAAAAUUGCGACUGGCAAGUCUUACGAUUACCUUGACCCCAGGAACACCGAUUUUGAUCGGGAUUAUGAUGUCUUCAUGGCUAAGACUGACGCCCUCAAGGCACACGUGGGGGACAUCAUCGAGAAGAACUAUACGGAUGUAUGGGAGACACCCCAGGGCAUUCGCUUUCUCACCAGGUUCGAAAAGGUCAGCAAAAAAAUCCCUCUGACGAAACUCGAUGAGAAGUAUUCACUCGUCGUGAGAUACUGUGAUAAAGAGGUAGAGAGAACCCUCAAGUUAUUCAAGAAGCAGAGGGACGAUCCACCCCUGUCUAGGCAUUUGCCACCCAUUGCUGGUCGGCUCACGUGGGCUAACUCCCUCAAAGUUCAUUUGGAUGAACUUGCUAAUUCGGUUUCUGGACAUCCUGUACUCAGGACUCUCCCUCUCACUGCUGAUCUUGUCAGGCGGUACAAUCAUGCGGUUACUAUUCUACUUCAGUAUCAGACGGAUAUCGCUGAAGUGUGGACUCAUCAGAACUCGUGGGUCAUCGAGGACUGCCUCAAGAAAAAUCUUCUCGCUAUCGACAAGGAGAUGAACAAAAUCAAGGUGAACCUCGAAGGGAGGAUCAUCCUGCUUCUCCGUGAAGCCGAUUGCCUGGCGAAGAUGAAGCUGGAAAUUCCCAUCGUGGCGAAGACUAUUUUAGUGAAGCGAGAUCACUUCACCCUGAAGCACGACUCGCUGCAGCUGGUGAUCGAGGAUUUUGUAUCGACAGCAAGAAGAGUUAAACUCGAGGUGAGACCACUGCUGCUGCCUCACCUGGUGCGUGUGGCAUCACUCUUAGUGCCGGGAUUGAAGACUCUUACGUGGACAAAACCAGGAUGGGAGGAUUUCUGUCAUCAGUGCAGACAGGAGAUCGGAACUUUCGAUGUCCUCAUAACGAGAGUCCACGAUGUCUACGCGAAUAGAAUUCUUCAAGUUCUCGUCAGCAUGCAGAAGAUCACACUACAUGCUCUACAAGGGGAUGAGCCCUGGUGCAUCGAGGAAUUCUUGGAGAAGACUGAAGAGGCAUGCAGAGUGGCAGCGAUCGAUCUUCACAGACGGAGUCAGAUGGUAGAAGAAGCUGUGGAGGAAGUUCUCCAGCUGGUGAAAAAUGCAGCUGACAGUUUCAAAAAUACCGGAGAUGCGGAUAAUUUUGAAUUAGCUAAUAGCGACGGCCCGAGCCAAGAGGGUAAUGAAGAUGGAUCUCAACAGCAGCAGGAUUGGACUGUUGUGUGGGCAUGUUUCGAUGAUCCACAUCAGUUACUCACUGCUACUGGUGGUGGUCUCUCAAAGAAUAUGCAGGAGAUGGUGAAAAAUGCCGUCUCCGAGAUGAGAAGAUAUUACUCGAGAAAAGUCGUUGAUGUUCUGAUAAAAGUAACGAGGAGCUCUCUGGAUGCUAUAAGACGUAGAUUUGUGAGGGAUAUAAAUCCAGAGGUACCACCGCGUCCCGUAUUCCUUCUGCAUGCAACCCUCAUGAUUCCAUCGGUGGUGGUGAAACCCAGUUUAGAGGAGGUCCAGGAGACCCUCACUGUCGCUGGUAAAGCUAUUGCUGGGGUAUCAAAGGGUGUUGCCCAGUGGAGUGCAGGUGGCCACAAGAGCAACUGGAAAGGGGCACCCUGGGCACCGAAGAAAAAUCUCAUGGAUGUCGUUAUGAGAGCUCAGGUGCAUGCGGAAAGAAGACGCGACGAGGAGCCCGAGGAUCCCAAAGUCAGGAGGAGGAGAUUAUUUAAAAUAAUCUCGGAGGAGCGCCCUAGCUUUCCCAUUCAGCAGAGAAAUUUUCACAGUCUUGUCAUGGAGAAUAAGGAGGUCAUCAAGGUGUUAUCGAUGUUGAGCUCUUGUACCCAGGAGUUGAGACAGAAUUUGACGGAGUUUUUGGAGAUGUGGACACCUUAUAAAUAUCUUUGGAAGAAUGAACGCAGUAUGCGAGAACUUCUUAACGUUUCACUGUCCGAAUUUGAGAUCACCCUGAGGAAACACAGCGAACUCGAGGAUAAACUCGCUACUGAGGCUGAUAUGGCGUAUCUCGGGGCUCCCAUUGCCUUGCAUACUGAGAAACUUAAAUUUGGUUUGUCUACGGAGAUUAAAAAUUCCACUCACAAAAUAGGUCAAGUGAUGAAGAAAAAGUACCGAAGAGAGAUGGAGUACGUGUACGCAGUUAUGAACGAGAUGGAUAGAAAAUUGGAGCGUCAGAUUCGUGAUUUGGAUGAUGUGAGACUGAUAAUGGAUACUCUGAAGAAAAUCAGGGAGCAAGAGGUGGAUAUGGAGCUGAGAAUUGAUCCCAUCGAGGAGGCAUUCAACAUUGUCACUCGUUACGAGGUGCCUGUUGAUCAGGAAUGUCUGGAGAUGGUGGAGACAUUGAGGGAGUCCUGGGGAAAGAUAUUGGCGAGGGCACACCAGAGUCACGUUCUUUUGUUGCAACUUCAGCCCCAGUUUGAGGAGGAAUUGAGGACGAAUUUGGACAAGUUCAGGAUUGAUAAUGAGGCUUACUGCGAGGAAUACAGAACAAGUGGACCCAUGCAGACUGGACUUACUCCAAGGGAGGCAUCAGAUCGCCAGAUUCUCUUCCAGAAUCGAUUUGAUGGCAUGUGGAGAAAACUUCAGGCAUACCAGAGUGGAGAGGAGCUCUUUGGAUUACCGAUCACUGAUUAUCCUGAGCUCUCGCAGAUCCGAAAGGAGCUUAAUCUGCUGCAGAAGCUCUAUAAGUUAUAUAAUGAUGUUAUCGACAGGGUCAGCAGUUACUACGAUAUACCCUGGGGCGAGGUAAAUAUCGAGGAGAUCAACAACGAGCUGAUGGAGUUCCAGAAUCGUUGCAGGAAGCUGCCAAAAGGCCUGAAGGAAUGGCCAGCGUUCUUCGCCCUGAAGAAGACCAUUGAUGACUUCAACGACAUGUGUCCACUGCUGGAGCUCAUGGCGAACAAAGCGAUGAAGCCUCGCCACUGGCAGAGAAUUGUCGAGGUAACAGGGCACACCUUUGACCUCGAGAGCGAGGGAUUUUGUCUGAAGAAUAUUCUGGAAGCGCCUCUGCUUAAGUACAAGGAGGACAUCGAGGACAUCUGCAUCUCGGCGAUGAAGGAGAAAGACAUUGAAGCUAAAUUGCGACAGGUAGUGAACGAGUGGUCAUCCCAUGAGUUGACCUUCAUGACAUUCAACAACCGAGGAGAACUUCUCCUUCGAGGUGACACGACAGCUGAAACAAUUGGCCAGCUUGAGGAUAGCCUGAUGGUUCUGGGUUCACUCAUGUCAAAUCGUUACAACGCACCCUUCAAAAAGCAAAUUCAGCAGUGGCUCUCGGACUUGUCCAACACAAAUGAAAUCCUGGAGCGUUGGCUUCUCGUCCAGAAUAUGUGGGUUUAUCUGGAGGCCGUGUUUGUCGGUGGGGAUAUUGCCAAACAACUACCAAAGGAAGCGAAGAGAUUCAGUAAAAUUGACAAGAGCUGGCAGAAAAUAAUGCAACGAGCCCACGAGACCCCGGGCGUCGUUCCCUGCUGCGUGGGAGAUGACCUCCUCAAGCAGCUUCUACCACACCUCCAGGAGCAGCUGGAGCUCUGCCAGAAGUCCCUCAGUGGUUACCUGGAGAAAAAACGAAUGAUGUUCCCUCGGUUCUUCUUCGUAUCAGACCCAGCCCUCCUUGAGAUCCUGGGACAAGCCUCGGACUCUCACACCAUUCAGAAUCAUCUACUCUCGAUAUUCGAUAAUACUCGAUUCGUCAAGUUUCACGACAUCGAGUACAACAAGAUGACAGCGAUAGUUUCAUCGGAGGGUGAGAUAAUUGUCCUUGAGAGGGCUGUCAGGGCUGAGGGUUCAGUCGAGACUUGGCUUAUGCAGCUUCUGCAGACCUCUCAGCAAUCCCUCCACUCGAUAAUUCGUCAAGCCAAUCUCAUGAUGAACGACCAGAACUUCAAUCUCCUCUCAUUCCUCGAGAAAAUGGCUGCACAGGUCGGACUCCUGGGGAUACAGAUGAUAUGGACGAGAGAUGCAGAAGUUGCCUUGAUGCAGGCACGUGCUGAUAAGAAAAUCAUGGGUGAAACCAACAAUCGUUUUCUCGAAUUACUCAAUACUCUCAUCGAUCAGACAACCAGGGAUUUGACAAAAAUCGAGAGGACUAAAUUCGAGACACUCAUCACGAUUCACGUCCACCAGAGAGAUAUAUUUGAUUCCAUGUGUCGACUCAAUGUCAGGACUGUGACGGAUUUUGAGUGGCUCAAGCAGUGUAGAUUCUACUUCAAAGAGGAUCUCGAUAAAACGAAUAUUCACAUAACUGAUGUACAGUUUAUUUAUCAGAACGAGUACUUGGGGUGCACCGAGCGUCUCGUUAUCACACCAUUGACUGACAGGUGUUACAUUACCCUGGCACAGGCUCUCUCGAUGUCCAUGGGGGGAUCUCCCUGUGGUCCAGCUGGCACUGGAAAGACUGAGACUGUCAAGGACAUGGGGAAGACUCUCGCUAAGUACGUUGUGGUCUUCAACUGCUCUGAUCAGAUGGAUUAUCGAGGGCUAGGACGAAUAUACAAGGGUUUGGCGCAGAGCGGCAGCUGGGGCUGCUUCGACGAGUUCAAUAGGAUAGAACUUCCUGUUCUGUCAGUGGCUGCACAACAAGUGGCUGUUGUUCUCGCUGCCAAGAAGGAGAAGAAGAAGCAAUUUAUAUUUACUGAUGGGGACCAGAUCGAGAUGUGCCCGGAGCUUGGAAUAUUCAUCACGAUGAACCCGGGUUAUGCUGGGAGGAAAGAACUACCGGAGAACCUCAAGAUACAGUUUCGAACUGUUGCCAUGAUGGUGCCAGAUCGACAGAUAAUUAUUCGAGUCAAACUCGCCAGCUGUGGCUUCCUCGAGAACAUCACUCUUGCCAGGAAAUUCUAUACACUUUACAAAUUGUGCGAGGAGCAGCUCACCAAGCAGGUCCACUACGAUUUUGGGUUGAGGAAUAUUCUGUCGGUGUUGAGAACCCUGGGAGCUGCAAAGAGAGUCAACAGCAAAGACACAGAGAGUACAAUAGUUAUGAGAGUCCUCAGAGACAUGAAUCUCUCAAAACUCAUCGACGAGGACGAGCCACUUUUCAUAUCUCUGGUAGCUGAUCUGUUUCCCAAUCAGGCACUGGAGAAAACAUCGUAUCCAGAAUUGGAAUCUGCUAUUGACAGUCAGGUGCAGGAGGAGGGACUGGUGUAUCAUCCACCCUGGGUGUUAAAGCUGAUUCAGCUGUACGAGACCCAGAGGGUCCGCCAUGGGAUAAUGACCCUGGGACCAGAGGGUGCUGGUAAAACCACGUGCAUUCACACCCUGAUGAAGGCACUCACACAGAUGGGGGCUUAUCACCGAGAGAUGCGAAUGAAUCCGAAGAGCAUUACUGCAGCCCAGAUGUUUGGACGCCUGGAUGUUGCUACCAAUGACUGGACGGAUGGUAUAUUCUCAGCUCUGUGGAGAAAAACUCUGAAACUCAAAAAGGAUGAACACGUUUGGCUCGUGCUUGAUGGCCCAGUCGAUAGCAUAUGGAUUGAGAAUUUGAAUUCCGUUCUCGAUGACAAUAAGACACUUACUCUAGCUAAUGGCGAUCGUCUGUCCAUGGCUCCCACUUGCAAAAUUAUAUUUGAACCACACAACAUCGAUAAUGCCAGUCCUGCUACUGUUUCCCGAAAUGGAAUGGUUUACAUGAGCUCGUCAGGGCUCGACUGGAGACCUGUGGUCACAGCCUGGUUGAAGAAUAGGACUCCCCUGGAGCACGGAGUCUUGGAUAAAGCUUUCGACGAGUCAUUUUUACAGAUUUACACGUGGUGCACACAGACCCUAGUCCUCACGAUUGAAGUACUGCAGACUAAUAUCGUCAGGCAAAUGCUGUGCCUCCUGGAGGGACUGGUGCCACCUGAGGUACCUCCUGAAGAGAUUGACGAUGACGACGACGAGAAGGACAAGCCCCAGCCCAUGACAGCUGAACGACUCAAACGACUCUACAUUUUUGCACUGAUAUGGGGAAUUGGGGCUCUACUGGAAACUUCGGAUCGACUCAAGUUCGAUGAGUACAUGAACGAUCACUUUGGAACUCUCGAUCUUCCCAAGUCGGAGAAGUAUCCAGAGGCUGGGCUCUUCGAUUUUUACGUUAACGACAAGGGAAAGUGGGACACUUGGACCACUCUAGUCACUAAUUACACGUAUCCUGAUUAUGCAACACCCGAUUACAGCAGCAUACUCGUGCCAAUUGUUGAUAAUGUGAGAAUUCAGUAUCUCAUUGACAUGAUUGGGAAGAAGGACAGGGCAGUUUUGUUAAUUGGUGAGCAGGGAUCUGCCAAGACUGUCAUGAUGAAGUCAUACAUGAAGGGGACCAAUCCUGAUACGACAUUGGGGAGAUCCUUCAACUUCAGCUCUGCAACGACUCCCUAUCAGUUCCAGAAGACCAUCGAGAGUUAUGUAGAGAAAAGAAUGGGAAACACGUUUGGUCCACCUGGGGGAAAGAAGAUGCUCAUUUUUGUGGACGAUAUUAAUCUCCCUGAGAUCAACGAGUGGGGUGAUCAGAUCACCAAUGAAAUUGUUCGUCAGACGAUGGAUAUGAAGGGGUUUUACUCCCUGGAGAAACCAGGGGACUUCACGACGAUCGUUGAUGUGACGUUUCUCGGGGCUAUGGGUCAGCCUGGGGGUGGGAGGAAUGACAUUCCUUCGAGGUUGAAGAGACAGUUCUGCAUAUUUAAUUGCACUCUUCCCAAUGAUGCCUCCAUUGACAAGAUAUUCGGGGUCCUGGGAGAGGGCCAUUACAACGCAAAGCGAGGAUUCUCGACGGAAGUCAGAAUGUUAAUUAAAAAGAUGAUACCCCUGACUAGACUACUCUGGCAGAGAACGCGUGCCAAAUUACUACCAACCCCUGCUAAAUUCCACUAUGUGUUCAAUCUCCGGGAUUUAUCGAGGAUCUGGCAGGGAAUGAUUGGAACUCUGUCGACAGUAAUCGAGAGAGAGAGUCACCUGAUGCUCCUCUGGAGACACGAGUGCAGUCGAGUCUUCAGCGAUCGAUUCACGAUCCAGAGUGACAAGAACUGGUUUGAUCAGGAGGUGAACGACAUCGUCGUGGAGUUCCUGGGGGAGCAGUACACAGAGAUGAUGGGAAAGAAUCCAGCAUUUGUCGAUUUCAUGAGAGAUGCUCCUGAACCAACUGGAGAGGAGGGCGAGGACGCAGACAUGGAGCUCCCCAAGGUGUACGAACCAGUCUUCGAUGAUCAGACACUUCGGGACCGGCUUGAGAUGUUCCUCGCGCAGUUCAAUGAGAUGCAGAGGGGUGCUGGCAUGGAUCUAGUGUUCUUCCCAGAUGCAAUGCUGCACCUGGUGAAAGUCUCACGAGUUAUCAGACAUCCUCGAGGGAAUGUGAUGCUUGUAGGUGUUGGUGGCUCAGGUAAACAGAGUCUGACCAAAUUAUCGUCGUUUAUCGCAGGGUACAAAACCUUUCAGAUAACUCUCACACGAUCCUACAAUGUAACUAAUUUUCUCGAGGAUUUAAAGUUCCUCUACCGAUCCUGCGGUGGCCAGGGCAAAGGUACCACCUUUAUUUUCACAGAUCUGGAUAUCAAGGAGGAGGGAUUCCUGGAGUAUUUGAACAAUAUCUUAAGCUCUGGAGUAAUCAGUAAUCUUUUCACGAGGGACGAGCAGACAGAGAUAAUUCAGGAAUUGACUCCCAUAAUGAAACGAGAAAAUCCAAAGAGAACUCUCAACAAUGAACUCGUCAUGGAGUAUUUCCUGCAGAGGACCUGUCAAAAUCUUCACGUGGUCUUCUGCUUUUCACCAGUUGGGGAAAAAUUUAGAAAUCGAGCCCAGAGAUUUCCAGCUCUGAUAUCCGGCUGCACCAUCGAUUGGUUCCAGCCGUGGCCUCGUGAUGCCCUCGUUCUAGUUGCCGAUCACUUUCUCCAUGACUUUGAAAUUGCCUGCAGUCCGGAAGUUAAGAAACAACUGGUGACAGCUCUUGGAUCGAUUCAGGAUGUUGUUUCAGAGACGUCUUCUGAGUAUUUCCAGAGAUUCAGAAGAGCCACUCAUGUCACGCCAAAGUCGUACUUGAAUUUCAUAGGAGGAUAUAAAAAUAUUUAUCGCGCCAAGCAGCACGAGCUGGGAGAGGGGGCACGAAGGAUGGAUACAGGUUUAGCAAAGCUGGAGGAGGCAUCGAUAUCAGUUGAGCUAUUGAAACGAGACCUGGCUGUUAUGGAGCAGGAGUUGGUAACAGCCUCUGAAAAAGCAGAGACCGUUCUACUGGAGGUGACAGAGAGAGCGACUCAAGCUGAAUCUUUUAAAAAUCAAGUUCAAAAGGUAAAGGAAAAGGCUGAGGCCCUGGUGGCAAACAUCGCCGAGGAGAAGGCUUUGGCCGAGCAGAAACUGGAGGCUGCUAAACCAGCCCUCGAAGAGGCAGAGGCCGCCCUGAACACCAUCAAACCAGCCCACAUAGCAACAGUGAGAAAAUUGGGAAGACCACCCCACCUCAUAAUGAGAAUCAUGGAUUGCGUUCUGAUCCUCUUUCAAAGAAAAAUAAGCCUGGUGAUACCAGACGCUACAGCUAUGUGUCCAAAGCCCUCCUGGGCUGAAUCCCUGAAGAUGAUGGCAAGCACCACCUUUCUCCUUCAACUCCAGAACUACCCCAAGGACAUAAUCAACAAUGAAAUGGUUGAGUUGCUACAGCCGUACUUUAAAAUGGAGGACUACAACAUGGAAACAGCUAGACGAGUCUGUGGAGAUGUGGCUGGUCUCCUCUCGUGGACUAAGGCAAUGGCAUUCUUUCACUCUGUCAAUAAAGAGGUUCUACCUCUCAAGGCUAAUCUCACAAUGCAGGAAGCUAGGCUCAAAGUGGCGAUGGAGGAUCUCGCUGGAGCGGAAAGAGAACUAUCCGAGAGGGAAAUGGCACUCCAGGGUGUGAAGGCGCAGUACGAUGCAGCUGUAUCUGAGAAACAACGACUCACAGAUGCUGCCAAUGUGUGCCUGAGAAAGAUGACAGCUGCCACUGCCCUGAUAAAUGGCCUCGGCGGUGAGAAAAUCAGGUGGACUGAGCAGAGUGGAGAAUUUAAGAUUCAAUUGGGAAAACUUGUGGGUGAUGUUCUUCUGGCCACUGGAUUUCUAUCAUACUGUGGACCUUAUAAUCAACAGUAUCGAUCACGUCUUGUCAACUGCUGGAUGACUAUCCUGACGACGAGGGCGAUUCCUUUCACUAAAGAUCUGAAUAUCAUCAGUAUGUUGGUAGAUACCUCGACAAUAUCAGAGUGGACACUCCAGGGGCUACCCAACGACGAGUUGUCAGUUCAGAAUGCCCUGAUCGUCACUAAGUCAUCCUCGUAUCCUCUCCUCGUCGAUCCCCAGACCCAGGGGAAGAUGUGGAUAAAGAAUAAGGAGAUGUCCAAUGAACUACAGAUAACGUCCCUCAAUCACAAGUAUUUUAGGGCCCAUCUGGAGGACAGUCUGUCAUUAGGAAGACCUCUUCUUAUUGAAGAUAUUAAUGAAGAACUCGACCCAGUCAUCGAUAAUGUCCUCGAGAAGAAUUUCAUCAAGUCCGGAUCCAUCGAGAAGGUCAUCGUUGGUGAUAAGGAGUGCGACGUGAUGCCUGGAUUUAUGCUGUACAUCACUACAAAACUACCAAAUCCUGCUUACAGUCCUGAGACCUCAGCAAAAACAUCGAUAAUCGAUUUUACAGUGACAAUGCAGGGACUAGAGGAUCAACUCCUGGGGCGAGUAAUCCUCAUGGAGAAAUCUGAGCUCGAGGCCGAACGUGUCGCAUUGUUCGAGUCAGUGAUGACAAAUCAGAGAUCGAUGAAGGAUUUAGAGAGCACUUUGUUGCACAGACUGACAUCCUCGGAGGGCUCUCUCGUCGAUGACGAGGCACUCAUUGGAGUACUCAGGGAAACAAAAUCAACAGCUGAAUCUGUCAAUGAAAAGCUCCAAGUUGCUGCCCUCACGGAGAAAAAAAUCACAAUUGCCAGGGAGGAGUUCAGGGCUGUGGCAGCCAGAGGCUCGAUCCUCUAUUUUCUCAUCGUCGAGAUGAGCAAUGUAAACGUCAUGUACCAAAACUCACUCAAGCAAUUCCUCACGAUAUUCGAUAACUCCAUCACUAAAUCAACGAAGAGUAAUAUAACGUCGGAGAGGAUUGAUAUUAUCCUGGGGCACUUGACGUACGAAGUUUGGGGUUUUACAUUGAGAAGUCUUUACGAGCGCCACAAGUCAUUGUUUACCCUGAUGCUGGCUAUGAAGAUUGAUUGCCAUCGAGGUGCGAUAUCCCAUGCAGAGUUCAUGGCGUUCAUCAAGGGAGGUGCCUCCCUGGAUCUCAAUGCAGUGGCACCCAAGCCCUUUCGUUGGAUCCUGGACAUUACCUGGCUGAAUCUCGUUGAGAUCAGUAAACUGGAGGUCUUCUCCGAGAUCCUAACAAAGAUCGAGUUCUCCGAGAGGGAGUGGAGACAGUGGUACGAGAAGGAGAGACCAGAGGAGGAGGAGUUACCUUGUGGAUACCAGAAGAGUUUGGAUGUCUUCAGGAAACUCCUGCUGAUCAGAUCCUGGAGUCCCGACAGAACCCUGUCCCAAGCGAAGAGGUACAUCGUGGAAUCACUGGGAAGGGAGUACGGAGAGGCAAAGAUCCUCGAUCUCGAUGCCACUUGGGCUGAGUCUGAGCCAGAAACACCUCUCAUUUGCAUUCUGUCCAUUGGAUCUGACCCCAGCCCCUCCAUCACAGCCCUGGCCAAGGGCAAGUCCCUGUCGUUGAGAGCUGUUUCCAUGGGACAGGGGCAGGAGGUAAUCGCCAGGAAACUCAUCAAUGACGCCAUGAGCACUGGGGGCUGGGUACUCCUCCAGAAUACUCAUUUGUCUCUACCAUUCUGCACUGAGGCCAUGGAGACCCUCGUCGAGGCUGACAACAUUCACGAGACAUUCAGACUUUGGCUUACCACCGAAGUGCACCCCCAAUUUCCCAUUGGGCUUCUUCAGAUGGCUAUUAAAUUCACUAACGAACCACCGCAGGGCAUACGUGCCUCCUUGAAGAGGACUUAUCAGGGCGUCACUCAGGAUAUCCUUGAUUACAGUACUCAGUCCCAGUGGCCACCACUUCUUUAUGCUGUCGCUUUUCUUCAUACUGUCGUCCAGGAGAGGAGGAAAUUCGGGCCACUCGGGUGGAAUAUACCUUAUGAAUUCAAUCAGGCGGAUUUUGCAGCUUCUGUUCAAUUCAUUCAGAAUCAUCUUGAUGACAUGGACCCAAAAAAGGGUGUUUCAUGGCCUACUGUUUGCUACAUGCUUGGCGAGGUGCAAUAUGGUGGAAGAGUCACUGACGAUUUCGAUAAACGUCUCCUGACAACCUUCACCCACGUCUGGUUCUGCGACGUUCUGCUGCGUCCAGGUUUCGAAUUUUACAAGGGAUACAAAGUACCCCAGACUCGAAUCAUCCAGGGGUACAUGGAGUACAUAAAUAAUUUACCUGCAACUGAUACUCCUGAAGUGUUCGGUCUCCACUCAAAUGCUGAUAUCACUUAUCAGAUAAAUACAGCGAAGGGCAUCCUGGAUACUAUUCUCAAUGUUCAGCCCAAGGAGGGGGGCUCCCAGGGUGGAGAAACGAGGGAGAGUGUUGUCUACAGAUUGGCAGACGAUAUGCUGGGAAAAUUGCCGAAACAGUACAAUCCCUUCGACGUGAGGGACGCCCUACAGAGGAUGGGAGCUCUCUUGCCGAUGAAUAUAUUUUUACGACAGGAAGUGGACAGAAUGAGACGAGUGAUAGCCGAAGUUCACUCCACCCUGACAGAUCUAAAAUUAGCAAUUGACGGUACGAUCGUGAUGUCCCAGGGUUUAAAAAAAUCCCUAGACUCGAUGUACGACGCACGAAUACCCGAGAAGUGGCAGAAAAUAUCGUGGGAAUCAGCAACCCUCGGUUUCUGGUACACAGAACUCCUGGAGAGAGAUGCACAGUUCAGACACUGGUGCAAUCAUGGGAGACCAAAUGUCUUCUGGAUGACGGGCUUUUUCAAUUGCCAGGGCUUCCUGACAGCCAUGAGGCAGGAGGUGACGCGGGCACACAAGGGUUGGGCCCUGGACUCAGUGGUCCUUCAAAAUCUCAUAACUCGAUACAACCGGGAGGACAUCAGGGAGCAGGUGCAAGAGGGUGUUUAUGUUCACGGUCUCUUCCUGGAGGGUGCAUCACUCGAUCGAAAGUCAGGGAAAUUGGUGGAGAGCAAAGCCAAAGUCCUAUACGAACAAAUGCCUGUCAUUUACAUCUACGCUAUCAACACAACUGCUGGUAAAGAUCCAAAGUUGUACGAAUGCCCGAUAUACAGAAAACCCCAAAGAACGGAUCUGAAGUAUGUGGGAUCGAUUGACUUCGAGACAGAUCACAAUCCUCGACACUGGACACUUCGAGGUGUUGCUCUUUUGUGUGACAUCAAAUAG